AUGUUCCACAACAGCUACCAGGCAGGCUUCUUGUCGAUCCUUUACAGCAUCGGCUCGAAGCCGCUGCAGAUUUGGGACUCGCAGGUGCGCAACGGUCACGUCAAGCGCAUCACCGACGAGGACAUCCAGAGUAGUGUGCUGGAGAUUAUGGGGAGCAAUGUUAGCACGUGCUACAUCGUCUGCCCCGCCAACCCGAAGCAGACCCUUGGCAUCAAGCUGCCGUUUCUCGUCAUGAUUAUCAAGAACAUGAAGAAGUACUUCUCCUUCGAGGUGACCAUCCUGGACGACAAGAACAUGCGCCGUCGCUUCCGCGCCAGCAACUACCAGAGCACAACGAAAGUGAAGCCGUUCAUAUGCACUAUGCCGAUGCGCCUCGAUGAGGGCUGGAACCAGAUCCAGUUCAACCUAUCCGAUUUCACGCGCCGCGCCUACGGCACGAACUACGUCGAAACACUGCGGGUGCAGGUGCACGCGAACUGUCGCAUCCGCCGUCUGUACUUCAGCGACCGCCUAUACGCCGAGGAGGAGCUGCCACCGGAGUUCAAGCUGUUCCUGCCCAUCGCCCAGCAGCCUCCGGCGGCGGCGGCGGCGGAGCAGAGAGACAUGGAAGCCGCCGACGUGCCGCAGGCUGCCUCUGUGGCCCAGUGA